AUGGCUCCCUCAGCAACCGCCGAUGCCCCGGCACAGGGAUUCCAGCCAAAGCACAUCGAAGACCGUCUCUUCAUUAAUGGUGAAUUCGUUCCGUCCAAGUCGGGGAAGAAGUUCGACAUCAUCAACCCCAACAACGAGAAGUUGGCGGCAUCGGUAUAUGAAGCUGGCGCCGAGGAUGUUGACGAGGCGGUCAAGGCAGCCCAGGCUGCUUUCCCUGCUUGGUCGGCCCUUUCUGCUGGGGAGAGACAAGCCUAUGUGGAAAAACUGGCCGAUGCCAUGGAGAAGAACAUAGACGAGAUCGGUUACCUAGAAGCCAUCAGCAUGGGCAAACCCUACAUCGGUGACUUCUUCGGCCAUGUCGCGGUUCAGAUCUUGAGAUACUUGGCCAGCAGAGCCCUCGAUGUCCAUGGUGAUUCGUCCCUGAAUACCAAGGACAUGGUUAACAUCACGUUUCGUCAACCUUUUGGGGUGUGCGGUGCCAUCAUCCCCUGGAACGCCCCUCUCCUUAUGCUCGUUAACAAAGUCGGUCCGGCUCUGAUUACUGGCAACACUUUGGUCCUCAAGUCUUCGGAGAAAUCACCCCUUUCUUCCCUUGUCGUUGGCAGACUUUGUCAAGAGAUCGGCCUGCCCAAGGGUGUUCUGAACAUUCUCAGUGGCUAUGGUAGACCUUGUGGUGAGGCCAUCGCCAAGCACAUGGAUAUUCGAAAGGUCUCCUUCACCGGUUCAGUCAUUGCCGGCCGAGCCGUCAAGAAGGCCGCCGCUGAAUCCAACCUCAAGAACGUCACUCUGGAGCUGGGAGGAAAGAGUCCGUUGGUCAUCUUCGACGACGCUGACCUGGCAAAGGCUGUCCCUGCCUCUGCUUUCUCCAUCCUUGCAAACUCCGGCCAAGCUUGUAUCGCCAGCUCACGGGUGUACGUCCAUGCCAAUAUUGCCGACAAAUUCAUGGAAGCCAUGAAAGCUGCCAUGGUCCAGAUGGGCACGUCUGGCGAUGCCACGGUCGCCGGUACCCGACGUGGACCUCAGGCUGACAAGAUCCAAUUCGACCGUGUGAUGGGCUACCUCAACUAUGCCAAGGAGAACAAGCUGGAUAUUCCCAUCGGGGGCGGCCGCGAAGGCACAACCGGUUACUUCAUCGAGCCCACCAUCAUUGCCAAUGCCCCCGAGGACUCGAAGGUCAUGAAGGAAGAGAUUUUUGGGCCCGUCGUGUGCAUCAACACUUUCACCGACGAAGAGGAGGUAUUGAAGCGUGCCAACGACACCGAAUACGGACUGUACGCGAGUGUUUUCACAAAGGAUAUCUCUCGUGCUUUGCGCGUGGCCAAGGCUCUCGAGGCUGGAUCGGUGGGCGUCAACUGCACGAGCCCGACCAUGGCCUUUGACAUGCCGUUUGGUGGCUUCAAGCAGAGCGGCGACGGCCGUGAGUUGAGCAGGUAUGCGACGGAUUAUUGGACCGAGUUGAAGUCUGUCUUCAUCUCUCUGUAA